AUGGAAGAUAUCGACUUUAGCAUCGACGAGACGGAUCCUGAUGUGACAACCGAAUGGAAGACGCUAGUUGGCAAAUUCUCCGAUUUGAAUGUCCACAAGAUACUUCAGAAGUAUCUGGAGACCUGUCAAACAGACAUAGAGGCCCUUGCAAAUGCCUGCAAGCAAAUCGAGGAUAUAAUAUCUUGGCCCGACCUGAAGAAGCAGAAGAAAAAAGACAGAGCAGAGCAUGAACAUCACAUGUUUUUUGAUGUUCUCUUGGAUCUGGUCCAAAAGAUUCCCUACUCUCACCCAGCACAUGGAUAUCUUGUUAUUCUAUUAAAAGUGCAGUUCCCUACCAAGCUGGGUUGUAUGAGUUAUAAUAUCUCAGAUGAUGGGCAUGGCACACUCUGCGGUCCCGAAAGCCAGAAAGAGAUAGACUCCUAUAUCAACAUGUGCUCAUUCUUGGCACGAUUGUCCGCUGCCGGCGAGGAGUAUUUUUCUUUGGCUAUAUGGAAUUUCCGGCAAAAUCUUGAGUAUGACAGGAGCGAUAACACCAGCGAACACUUCGGUGGAGAUCUUGCUGGAUGUAUAAUGUGGAUCUUUUAUGCUGGACAGUGGCUGUUUCAAAAGGUUGCUCAUUGCCAUGCUGUGUUGGAUUCUCACGAUGAGCAGACGUGGGAAUGCGGACCACUUUACACUGGGCCUGUUUUGGGCUUGGCCCGAUGGCGCUUUUAG